AUGGCCUCCUCGGUGGGAGAUAAUCAACUGCAGAGGAUAAUCAGAGAUCUGGAUGAUGCUGUGUUGGAGUUGAGUAAAGAACACAGGGAGUGUGGUGAACCCAUCACUGAUGACAGCUCCAACCUGCACAAGUUCUUCUAUAAACUUGAAUACCUGCUACAGUUCGACCAGAAAGAGAAGACAACCUUUCUCGGCCAGAGGAAAGACUACUGGGAUUACUUCUGCGACUGCCUGAUUAAGAUCAAGGGAGCUAAUGAUGGCAUCCGUUUUGUUAAGUCCAUCCCUGAGUUGAAGACGUCGCUGGGGAAAGGACGGGCCUUCAUCCGCUACUCGCUCGUUCACCAGCGUCUUGCCGACACGCUGCAGCAGUGUCUUAUAAACCAGAAAGUCACAAGUGACUGGUAUUAUGCCCGGAGUCCAUUCCUUAAGUGUCACCUCACCGCUGACAUAAUCAACCAUCUUUAUGAGCUCAACCAGAUCCAAUUUGACGUGGCGGCCAGAGGUUAUGACCUCGAUGCGGAUUGGCCAUCCUUUGCAAGGCGAACACUAAGCACAGCCUCACCAGCUUUCCUGUGGAAGCCUCCGACUCGCUGCUCCAGCAUCAACAGUUUGGUUAGCAGCUAUUCACACUCACAGGCGCAGGAGUAUCUUCCAAUCCCAGACUUCAGUCACAGUCUCCUUGGGGAACUGGGAGAACUGGGGGAACCCUCUCCUUGCAGUAUUGCAGAGAAUCUCCGCAUUGAGCUCGACCAGUCCGAGCUCAGACAGCAGGAGCUUCUGGUGCAGGUUCAGGAGUUAAGCAACGAAGCUGCAGAGCUGAAAGGUGUGGUUAAAGACCUGCAAGGAGAGCUGGCCACUCAGAAGUCGUCUGGACACUAUGCAGCAGCUGAACCCGGUGAUGGGGAGAAAACAAAUCACCUUCACACUUGUAGGGAAGCAAUAAAAAGCGAUAUACAAGACAGAAUCACAUCUGCAGAGAACAGAAAUAUGGAGCUUCUCUCUAAGUUGGAUGAAGCACUGAAUGAGAAAGGCCAACAAACAACAAGCUACUGUGACUCCGCCUGGAAAAUUCAGGAUCUUCUGGAUAAACUUAAGACGGCAGAGGAGGAGAGACUGGUAGCAAAGAGAGAGUCCGAAGACAGGGCAAGAAUCUCCGAGCGUCUAGCACAGGAACUCAAACUCAGGGAGCAAGAGUUGAGAGACAGUGAGGAGAAGCUAGCUGAAGUGAAAGCUGGGGCCCAUGACGAACAGGAGGAGGCGCUGAGACGCCUGGAGGAGCUCCAAGGGGUCGUUGGUCGAAUUCAAGGGGCGUUGAGUUUGAAAGAGAAGGAGACGGGGAACCUGAGAGCCCAGCUUCAGGGUCUACAAGCAUCCCUGGACUGCAGGGAGCGGCAAGCAGAGGACCUGAGGAAAAGGCUGUGGGAGGAGAGGGUGGAGGUAGAGCAGAUAUGUAGCAGGGGUGCCAGCCAGAAUGAGGAGCUCGAGAGCCUAAUGCCGGAUUUAAGUAAAGCCCUAAAAAGCAGAGAGAAAGAGCUAGCUGUUAGUUCAGAGAGAAUAAAACACUUAGAGGAGCAGGUGGAGAAGUUAAACGUUGAGAAAGAAAGUCUGAGCUCAAGACUCACUGAUGAUGAAGUCAAUGCCUGGGGUCAAGCCGAGAAUGUUGAGGACUUCAAAACACAAUGCAGCAAUCUCAUGGAAGGUAACACAAGGCUCCUUGAAACAGCGAAGAAGAGUGAGGACAAUGUCACAGAGCUAACAGAGAGCAGGACAGCCUUGUUAGCUCAGCUUGCCACUUUGAGGGCAUCGGAGAAGCACUUAAAAAGUAGAGUAGAGGCUACAAAUGUGUGUGUGGAGGCCCGGGAGAAGAAGCUGCUAGAUGAAAACCUGCAUUUGGAAGAGACUGUUCAAAAUGCACUUGUCCAGAAGGAAGUGUCAGAUGCUCAGUUGAAGAAGCUUGAGGAGGAGAACAGAGACCUUCUCGAGGUUCAAUCCUUGUUGAGGAAGCAGUUAGCGAGAACACAACAGGAGUUGGACUCUCUCGCCACCGAAGUUGCAAAGUUGGACAAGCACCUCACAGUUUCGCAAAGAACCCAAGCGGAGUUACUGGAAAAACUAGAGGAGACUGAGGCAAAGUUCAGAGACAAGACUGUUAAAUGUGGACUUCUUCAGGCUCGAGCGGUGGAACUGGAGAGCAUGAGCGGAGAGCUGCACGACGAAAAGGGAGCUGCAGAGAGUAAUGAGAAAAUGCAUAAGCUUGAUCAUCAGCAUCCGAGUUCCUCCAUGGAAACCAAAGAGGGUUCAUUCAGGCUGGUGAUAGCUGAGGCUCAGCUGGAGCUCAACCUGAGGGAGGUGCACCGGCUCCGGGAGGAGGUGGUGGAGCUCAGGGCUCAGCUGCUGGCCGGAUCUGAGGAGAGGGUGAAAGUUCAGGCCCUCCAGGAGGUGACGGAGUCCUCCAGGGAAGACCUCCGAGCUUUAGCAGAGCAACUCAAGGCCCAGGUGGAGGAGCUGAACCGCAAGCACGUGGACGAGAUUCUCCAAUCCCGAGAGCGAGAAGAAUCUCUCGUCCGCGAGCGAGACGGUGAGGCCCAGGCUCGAGCCGGUCUGGCUGCAGAAGUGACCGCCUGCAGAGAGGAGCUGAACAAACUGAAGAAGCGCUACGAAUCCCUGUGUGUGGAGAACAGUGAUUCCAGGGAGGCGCUGCACCGAGCCAACACAGAAACAGCUGAGCUCGGCGUGCAUGUUUGUAUGCUCACCGCUGACAAUGAAGAGGCCCGUCUGCGCUUCGAGGGCCUGUCGACAAGGCUGCAAGAGCUGGAGGACGAUGCGUCUCUGGAAGCUAAGAGGCAGGAGAGCUGCCUGCAGGAAUUACGGCAACAGAACCAGCAACUCCUCAAUCAGCUCCAUAAUGAGGACGGUCUGUUGGCAACCAAGCAGAAGCUGCAGACGCUGAGCGACGCCCAGCAGGAGGCUGCAUCUCUGCAGGACACGAACCAGGAGCAGAUCCAGGCCCUCCGCUUCCAGCUCAGCAGCCAGACCAUGAGCCACGACAGCCGGCUCCAGAGUGUGAACCAAGAGCUACAGGAAGUGAAAUUACAUCUGACGACAGAGCAGGAGAAAGUGGUCGAUCUGGGGAACAAACUCAAAGAGAUAAUGGCUGAGAGUCAGAGAUAUUGCCAACAGAUUGAGGAGAAAAACAUCCAGAUGGCCGGGUCUGAAAAUCUCAUGCAGCAGAAAGAAGACGAGAUAAUCCAUCUGAAAGGGAAUUUAUCAAGUUCUGAGUCAGCUCUCGAAGCCGCUCAGCGGACAUGUCAGGAGAUGAGUGAAAAUCUACGGAGAGUCACGAAGGACAAACAGAGCUUUGAUCUGAAGACAACUGCUGAGCUCGAUGACCUCUACCGCACCAAAAUCAAUCUGGAGGAAAGACUCAUAGAACUCAUCAGGGAGAAAGAUGCACUUUGGCAGAAAUCCGACGCCUUGGAGUUUGAGCAGAAGCUGCGGGAUGAGGAGACGGAGAGGGACGUAAACUACUGCCUGGGCUGUCACAGUCAGUUCAGCUGGUGGCUGCGCAAGUACAACUGCAGACUGUGUGGGCGUCCCUUCUGCUACUACUGCUGCAGCAACACGGUGAGCACCCAACAGGGCGGCAACAGAGAACGCUGCUGCACGGACUGUUACAACCAGCACAGCGCAGUGGUGGAGCGCCACCCGCAGGAGGAAGUGAUGCACAGCACACCGGGGACUCCAUUCAGCCGCUUGCUGCAGGCGGGGAGAGCUGUGACUGCUGGGCCAGGACCGGAUGAAAAUGAGAAACAGGAUGAUGGUGUUUUUGACAUCAUCACAGACGAAGAAGUGAGCGUCGUCAGUGACUCCCUCUCUUUUGCCACCGCUUGCUCUUCUGAGCACGGACAGCAGGGGGCAGCACAGCUAAGCAGCAGUGCCAGUGCAGGAGACAUCACAUCAGAGGACACUGAGGACCUCGGGGCUUCGGUGCAGGAUGCAGAGAUCUGCCUGCUGAAGUCUGGAGAACUCACACUCUCUGUCCACUUCUCGAUCGAUGACAUCUCCGGGUUCGGGGACAGCUCCCAAGAGCUCUUCAUCAAAUCCAGCUGUUACAGCACCAUCCCCAUCACCAUGAGCAGCCCUGGUCCCACUGUUUCCUGGACCUUCACCUCUGAGCCCAAGAGCAUCUCCUUCAGUGUGGUGUACAGGGAGAGCGCAGAGACGCCGCUGGAGCAGGCCAAGGUUUUGAUCCCACUGACUCGCUGUAACUCCCACAAAGAGACGAUCCAGGGGGAGCUGAAAGUCAGGAACCCCGGAGAAUACACACUCAUCUUUGACAACUCCUUCUCCAGGUUCAUCUCAAAGAAAGUGCUGUAUCACCUGAGUCUGGACAGGCCGGUGGUCUACGACGGCACUGACCUCCUCUGAGCAGCUGUGAAACUGACUCUGGAAACGUUCACUCUGGGUGUUUCAAGCUCAUGCACAUGAUAUCGCGGUCCCUGGGUCGGACUCCACUGACGUUCAUCAGCCACACGGGAAGGUUCUGGCUUCUUUCUUGUUUUUAAACGUCUCUCUCAGCGUGCGGCUUGCUGAUUAUUUCUGAUCACAGGAAAGCUGAACAAAGGCAAAAAUCUGUGGCGUAAAACAAUGUUGUUCUAGUGAGUGUGAGCAUGCACUACCUUUAUAAAAGCUGGUUUAAAUGUAGCAUUAAAGACCCUAAAAGUUACUCAAUGAAUAAAGGUUUGUGGCAUAUUUAAGUGUGAAGAACUUAACUUACGUGGCACGUUUGUGAGACGCAGGUCAUGUGGCAACUUUAUGACAAAGUAAGGCUGCAGUUGAGGUCGACUUGUUUGAUUAAAUAAGUUUUGUUCCCUUUAUUUGCCUCUCAUGAAGACUACUGUUGAAUAGUACAAUAUACUGUAACCACAGGAUUAAUGUGCAGAGUGAGAAAUGUUCCACUAGAAGUGGGUGAAAUGGUUAAAGUCCUUUAUUAAGGCGUUUAUAAUGUUAUGUUAGUAUAUCAGCAUUUAUUCUGAUUUAACACAUUUAUGGAAAAUCAAUAGAGAAACUGUAUAUAGAUAAGAAGAAGCAGAGAAGAAUCUACUUAUACUUUAUUAUAAUUAAGCUAGAAUAUAAUAUACCAUCUCAGAACUGAUUAAAGUCAGUGCUGCUCAGUGAUGCUAAACAGAGAGUUACGAACCAUAGUUACCAACAUGUAAUGUCCAUGAGACAUGAUGGCAAACAGAGUUGAUUUGUGUGUCUUUGCAUGCAGGUGUGUGUGUGUGUGCAGGUGUGUUGUGGAUAAUGAAGUUGAGUUUCAGGUUUACUGUGUUGUCAAUAGAGCCCGACUGAUACGGAUUUGAUGAGCCACAUAUUAGAAAAUAAAAAAUUUCAGAUGGCGAUAGAGCUGCUGAUAUAUAUGUAAACAGAGUUUAACCAUUUCUUCUAAAUUUUUAUUAUAACUAAAUAAAAACAGAAAUAUAACCAAAUAUGAAGAACUUAAAUUAGAAACUUUUUUUUUUAAUCCAAAAUAUCAAGAUAAAUGCACAUCUCUUCUGAAUUAUUUUUGCUGUAAACUAAAAGUUUUCACAUGUCCUGACGAUCUUUAUUGGCUAAUAUAUAAAUUCGUCAGGCUCUAGUUGACAACGUGAGAUUAAAUCCCAAGAUUCUGUUGAGCAGUUUGUUUUACUUACUGAUUUGACUAUGGUUUUACUUUCUUAAAUGUUAACAAACUAUUUCAAGUAACUGUUUAUUGGAGAAACACAUCACAAUAUGCACUGUAGUCUGUAGUCUGACUGUUGCCUUUGCAUUUUUGGGAUUUUUGUUUUUGUUUUUGCAAUGAUGAUAAAGAAUGGGUGGAAGAAGCAGGACUCCUGCAGAACCAGCACAUGGCUCAGUUUUAAUUGUCUUAACUAAACAGGCUUUAAUUCAGUGCAGGGUUUCUGAUGAUGCAGAUGAAGAAGGAGAAGAAUGUUGUUUCUACAGAUGGAAACACUUAGAACAUGCACAUGUCCCCAGUCUAACCCAUGAAGGGGUUUAAAAGAGGGAGCACAUAUCAUAUUGGACAUUUCAGUGCUUUAAAUAUUUAGUGUUUAAUAUGAAUCAUCAUCAAUCUUUCAAAUAAAUAGAUGAUUUAGUUAUCAGGAUAUAUAGAUGAUACCAGUCAAUAAUACUUUUAUAUAGAGAGCUUUUCUAGAUGUUUGCCGCUCAGUAGAUGUUUACUGUUGCUGUGUGAUGUUCUGGAUGCGUUUCGCAGUGUGUCACAGAAACAGUCUUCAAAUCAUACAAAUCCAAAAAUCUGCUUUAUACUUGAAGUCCGACGUGGACUUUUUCUGUUUUCAAUCAAUAAUCCUCUUUUGAGUGUCUUAGAACUUGAAGUGUUACACUGACUCAUUUCCAAGGUGUCUUCCAACAUUUUGAAACCAUUUUGUAACUUUAAUAUAUAUUUUCAGCACAACUGACAUGAGGAAGACAUUUUACUUUCUAAGAAAAUUCACUUUUUAUACAUGUCGAAAUAAGAGGAGUGAUUUGUUGCCAAAUAUUCUGGGGGAACAUAUUUGUCUAUUUUAUUGUUCUUGAAAAGGGAGUUUGUGUUUUGAAGACAUUGCGACAUAACUGCCGUGUCAUGCACUUUUGAAAAGGGCUUCUUUUUUUCAGUUUUUCUCGGUCUGCAUCCCAUGAGCCUUUGUGCCAGUCGAUGAAUGGUUUUCUUUUCCUGUGCAUCUAGUGAGUGUUUAGAAGUUUACAGAUGGAUUCACCAGAGAGAAGCUCCAACUCUCUGACUUAACCUGUGAAUCAUUGUUGGCAAUGUUUUAUUUGAAAUGUUAUUUACCCACUAAGCAUUUAUGAUAGAAUGGAUUCAUGACUGUGGUCGAAUAAAUAAGGAUUGUGUGAUAACUGCUUGUG